CUUCCUCCAGCAUUCUUUCAAGAUGACUACUGUCCAUGAAAUUUUAAGCAAGCUCAGCCUUGAAGGAGAUCAUUCUCUCCCACCAAGUGCAUAUGCCACAGUUAAGGCCUACUCAAAUUUUGAUGCUGACCGGGAUGCUGCAGCCCUGGAAACAGCCAUCAAGACCAAAGGUGUGGAUGAAGUCACCAUCAUCAACAUCCUGACAAACCGCAGCAAUGAACAGAGGCAGGAUAUUGCUUUUGCCUAUCAGAGGAGAACCAAAAAGGAACUUUCUGCAGCACUCAAGUCUGCUCUGUCGGGUCAUUUGGAGGCAGUGAUCUUGGGCUUGCUGAAGACACCAGCACAGUAUGAUGCCUCUGAAUUAAAAGCUGCCAUGAAGGGCCUGGGAACUGAUGAAGACACGCUCAUUGAAAUCAUCUGCUCACGAACAAAUCAGGAGCUUAGUGAAAUUAACAGAGUCUACAGGGAAAUGUACAAGACGGAACUGGAAAAGGACAUUAUAUCAGACACAUCUGGUGACUUCCGCAAGCUAAUGGUUGCCCUGGCCAAGGGCAAAAGGUGUGAAGAUACCUCUGUGAUUGAUUACGAGCUGAUUGACCAGGAUGCUAGGGAGCUCUAUGAUGCUGGUGUGAAGAGAAAGGGAACUGAUGUCCCCAAGUGGAUCAACAUUAUGACUGAAAGAAGUGUCCCCCACCUGCAGAAAGUGUUUGACAGGUACAAGAGCUACAGCCCAUAUGAUAUGUUGGAGAGCAUCAAGAAGGAGGUUAAGGGAGAUUUGGAGAAUGCCUUCCUUAAUCUUGUCCAGUGCAUUCAGAACAAGCAGCUGUAUUUUGCGGACAGACUGUAUGAUUCCAUGAAGGGCAAGGGAACUCGUGACAAGGUUCUGAUCAGGAUUAUGGUCUCCCGCUGCGAGGCUGACAUGCUGAAAAUUAAGAGUGAAUUCAAGAGGAAAUACGGAAAGUCUCUGUAUUAUUUCAUCCAGCAAGACACAAAAGGGGAUUACCAGAGGGCACUGCUGAACCUGUGUGGUGGUGAAGAAUGAAAACUGUGAUGGAAGAAACCCAAGUCCAGAGACAAGCCUGUUUUGCUCUUCAUUUUACUGUAAUCCUAGAAAAGAUUGACUCGCCUAGCUAACCUUGACUUGCCUUUGUAUCUGCCAGGCCACUGAUGGUAGCGUGCUUUCCGGUGCUGCCUGCGCUCCUCCCAGCAGCAGUGCUCUGCUUGGCUCUGCCGUGGGUCCCAGCAGCAUGCAGCCAGAGAAAC